AUGCAUCGCAUUAUCAUCAUCUUCCACGGUUCGGCUGUGCAGCUUCAGAGAAUGCCAAAGGAGCCGCAGCCCUCUCGCCCGUACGUCGUGCCGUUGUCGGCGCCGUACGCGAAGCCGUCGGGCUCGCUUGUCCCCACGGCGUCGUCGUCGACAGCAGCCACUGCCGUCGCACGGGCGGCGGCUGCGAACGCCGCUGGUGGUGGUGCUGCACCGGCUGCCGGUGGCCAUCGUCUAGCGCGACUCACCAUCAACAACUUUUCCUCGUUUCGUGCGCGUGUCAAGAAGCUCCCGCCGGAUGCCAAUGUCAAGGCAGCGCUGCACACACAGCUUUUCCAGUUCCCUGAGCGUGUCUGCUUCGGCUGUGUGAAGUGCCGGCGCGACAAUGUCGAGUCGGACAGCGUGGCUAUCGACUUGAAGAACCGCAUCAUGCUGUGCGCGGCCUGCUUCACCCGCAUCAUUCGGCCGCGCACGUACACGCCGAGCAGGGUGGUGCCCUUCCCAUCGCUGCUGUCGUGGCUGAACUAUAAGCCUUCUCAUGUAAUGGAGAUGCCCGAUGACGUGCUGGAGCGACCCGCGGAGGCGGUGGCGCCGUCAGGCGAGCGCAUGGCCACUCCCAUGCUGGCAGGUGGCGACAGGGCGACUAACCUGGGCAAGCUGCCAGCCAUUGCCAUGAACAUCGCGGCUGGUGAUCGCAGCCGCGGCGGUGAUGCAGCGGGUGGACGGCGUGGAGGCCCAACGAUAGACGAAGCGCUCGCUCAGGGCAGCGCCAGCACCCCGGCUGGCACCCACCCUUGCCUGCGCGUGUGGGGCGUGUGCCAGCACGGCGAGACAUGUCUGUUCCGUAAUGCGCCCGCUGAUCUGUGCGUGGCGUACUUGAUGGGGCUGUGCCGCGGACGCAGUAGCCCCAUCGGUGGCGCCCCCGUAGGUGGUGGUGGCGGAGGCGGUCGCCCCAAUGCGAAUCGUAAUAAUAAUCGACACGGCCACGGCGGCCAACACCAGCAGCAUCACAAACACAGUUACUACCACAGCCAGGGGGGGCGCAAUGCUCGUCGUGACCGCGGCGCAAUCACCGCGGGCGGCGUCCAGACGUGCCGCCUUCUGCACCAGGAUGUGUACGACCUCCCCGACGUUUCUGACCCGCCGCCGCGCGAACGCUUCGAGGGCGACCUGGAGGACAAGGACGGCGCCUGGGCGGCGUGGGUGUGUCGGCGGCGCGACAGCCCAAACAGCGCGGAGUGGCAGCUGUGGCACAACGGUCCGCUGGAGCAGUUGUUUAGAGCGUAUGUCCCCGCGCGGAGGCGCCCUGUUCUUCGCCAGCCGAAGAAGAAGUUGGAGGUGGCGCCGGCCGCAGAAGCGUCGACCGCCGUGGCCGAGUUGGCAGAAGAAGAGGGAGAGAGGAAUGAAGGCGAGGAGGGCGCUCAGACGGCUGAGGAUGAGCUGACGACCCCGCUCGCUGACGAGGAGGACGUCAUGAAUGAUGAGGAGGACGGUGAGGAAGAGGGAGACGGCGACGCGGAUGCCAACGACGAUACCGUCAGCGAAGGGGUUGCCGGCAAGGAAGCCGAGGAUGAGCCAGCGCCGGCGCCAGUUCCUGCACCAACAACAAAGCUGAACCUGAUAGACAUCAUGGCAGCUCUCAAGGGCAUCAAGAAAGACCCACCGGAGAAAGCGGAUGAUGCGGAGAAGUAG